CGUCUCGUCGUCAUACGCUUCGGCCACGACUGGGACGAGACCUGCAUGCAGAUGGAUGAAGUGCUAGCAUCUGUUGCCGAGACCAUAAAGAAUUUCGCUGUUAUAUAUCUGGUGGAUAUCACUGAGGUGCCGGAUUUCAACACGAUGUAUGAGCUGUACGAUCCCUCGACAGUAAUGUUCUUCUUCAGGAACAAGCACAUCAUGAUUGAUCUCGGAACUGGAAACAACAACAAGAUCAACUGGGCUCUCAAGGACAAGCAGGAGUUCAUCGAUAUCAUCGAGACUGUCUAUCGUGGUGCGAGGAAGGGUCGUGGUCUGGUGAUUGCUCCCAAGGACUACUCCACGAAAUACCGCUAUUAAUUGGCUUCUGCCGUAUAUAAGCAUCGCUCGGGCAUGUUGUGGGUGAUUCUCGUCAGCCAGAAUAUCCGCGAACUGGCAUAUGAUUGUUGACUGUAAUUCCGAUUUGCUCUACAGUUAUCCAGCAUUUUAUGUAAUGCUUGAAACACAAUCGAAUGUAACUCAAGGCCAGAAGUCAAACUGGGAGUUAUGUACAUUGGUUUCAUCUUUGUCUCUU